AUGUGCCCAGCAAGUUGUCGCUGCGAAGGAAAGAUUGUUUAUUGCGAGUCUGGCAUUUUUCAAGACAUUCCAGAAAACAUCUCUACUGGAUGCCAGGGUCUGUCCCUGCGCUUCAACCGCUUAGCGACUCUGCUGCCUUACCAAUUCGCUCAUCUCAACCAGCUCAUCUGGCUCUACCUGGACCACAAUUCCAUCACCGCCAUAGAUAGCUUAGCCUUUCAGGGCGUGCGUAGGCUCAAAGAACUGAUUCUUAGCUCCAACAAGAUCACACUUUUACACAAUAAGGCUUUCAAUGCUGUACCAAACCUGCGCAAUCUUGAUUUUUCCUACAACCAGCUACACUCUUUGCAGCCAGGUCAUUUCUAUGGUCUGCGUAAGCUCCAAAACCUUCACCUACGGUCCAAUGGUCUCAGCAGUAUACCUGUACGGACUUUUCUGGAGUGUCGCAGCCUGGAGUUCCUGGACCUGGGUUACAAUCACCUACGCACCCUAUUCCGCACCACCUUCUUGGGGCUGUUCAAGUUGAAAGAGCUUCAUCUGGAGCAUAAUCAAUUUUCAAGGAUUAAUUUGUUUCUUUUCCCACGCCUUAGCAAUCUACAGGUCCUCUACUUGCAAUGGAACCGGAUACGAGCCGUCAAUCAGGGCCUGCCAUGGAUCUGGCAUACACUGCAGAAAUUAGACCUCUCAGGAAAUGACAUCCAUAUCCUGGACCCAGCUGUUUUCCAGUGUAUGCCAAACUUACAAAUACUCCAUCUUGAAUCCAACAAGCUGAGCAACAUGUCUCAGGAUGUGGUUUCAGCCUGGGUCUCCCUCACCACCAUCAGCCUGGUGGGUAAUGCCUGGGACUGCAGCCCUACCAUCUGCCCCCUGGUGACCUGGCUGAAGAACUUCAGAGGCUCAAAGGACAUCAAAAUUAUAUGCAGCAGCCCCAAGUCAGUUCAGGGAGACAGAGUAAUGGACAUAGUGAGGAACUACACAGUCUGUGUGAACAUAUCAGUUGAAGAGCAAACCACAGCUAUGAUCAUGAGGCAAACCACAGCCUCAGUUGUGGACAUCAAAAAGCCUACCACACCUCCUCCUUCCACGACCACAACAACCCAAGAUAUAUCUGCAUCAACAGUACAAAGACUCACUCCACAACCUGUCUCUCCCAUUGUGACAGAAAAAGACACAAGGGAGUCCAUACUCUUGACCUCAAUCUCUCCAGAAUCCUCAUCAUUUUUCCCAGAAUUAGAGUUUGAGCAUAUGGCCUUCCAUAAAAUCAUUGCAGGCAGUGUAGCCCUAUUUCUCUCUGUGUCAUUGAUCCUGCUGGUAAUUUAUGUUUCAUGGAAGCGCUACCCCAAUAGCAUGAGGCAGCUGCAGCAGCACUCAGUCAACCGCAAGCACAGAAAAAAGGCCCGGAAGCAGAAGUGUAACCUUAACUCUCAGUUACAAGAGUAUUAUUUGACUUAUACAAACUCUCAGACCAUGGAUGCAUUGGUAAAUGAGACAAGGGCCUACACCUGCACAAUCUCAGGAUCCAGAGAAUGUGAGAAUCCAAGACCUUUACCAGGAGCAUGA